AUGGAGGCCGGUGGAUGUGCUGACCUGUCAUCUGGCCUGCUGCGUGUUUGGGGAACUUCUGGGGAAGAGUUGGCCGCUGUUUGCACAGAGGAGCUAGGUGAUGUCCUGGCAUUGAAGCGGCAGUUGACCCGAGUCUGUCAAACGCCACGAUUCCGACAACGGCUUUUGCAUGAUGGUGCGGUUCUGGAUGAUGCUACCGCCUUGCCAAAAACAACCCUCGACUUGCAUCUGGUUUUGCUUCCCUUCAGCCGUGCCUACAGGAAGUUCCGGGAUGAGUUGAUAGAGGCAGCUGCAACGGGCCAGGUACUCGAGGUAGAGAGAAUUCUGCAGCGCCCUCAAGAUGCAGACUUGCCAGGGACGCAGGAGGGAAAGAGACCUCUCGUAGAGGCCUCAUCUGCAGGACAUGUCGAAGUUCUGGAGUUGCUGUUAGAGGCCAGGGCCGACUCUAACUUGACAGGUGCUGAUGGCCGGACAGCUCUACAGCUGGCAUCCAAAGGAGGCCAUGUGGAAACAGUGCGCAUCUUGUUGAAAGCGGGAGCUCUGACAACCCGUUCGUAUCGCGACACCUACAUGACAGCUCUUCAUGAGGCGUCGAGUUUUGGUCAUUCGGAAGUUGUUCGUUUGCUGUUGGACGCUAGAGCAGACAAAGACAGCAAGGCUGUCAAUGACAUGUCAGCUCUUCACCUCGCGUCGUCACAUGGCCAUGUAGAGACUGUGCGAAUGCUUCUGGCAGCCGGGGCUGACACAGACUCGGUGAGCACAUUUGGGACAGCGCCACACAUGGCAUCCUCCGAAGGUCACCUGCAGGUUCUGCAAUUGCUUCUGCAAGCCAGAGCUGACAUGAGUAGGUUGAACAGCCGGCCUGGGACGGCGCUGCAUGUGGCAUCAGCAGAGGAGCGUGUAGAAAUUGCCCGGACCUAUGCUGAACUCGGGCAACUGCUGCAGAAAACACCGCCAUUUGCGUAG